UACAUUUAAAAAAUAUGUCGUUCCAAAAGUUUGGUAUUUGUGAAUUUAUUUCGAGAUGUAUCCCAGAGGAAAGUUCAUUCCGCAGCCUGCUGACCUAAGCCUACCUCUACCUAUAAUCGUGGCUCGUGGCAUGCGUCAUAAAAAAUAGUAAAAAUCAAAAAAAUAAUAUUAGAUGCAAUACCUUUGUGUGCUACUGGUGGCAGUGGUGGGUUGCUACCUGGUGGGUAUAAAAGUGAGUGCUGGGCCGGCAGUGGAUUCAUUGGACAAGUGUCGAGCGGCGCGUGCGCAACAGAUCUCCGAGGAAAAGUCAUUCAAGACCACACACAGGCGACCACAACAUGAAGUGCUCUUUCAUAAUAAUCGCAUUCAGCCUGGUGCUGACCGUCUGUGCCGAGGAUGCGGCGGACGCUGACCUGGAGCAGGUGGCGUCCGCAUCAGCCCCAGCAGCUGUGGCGGUGACAGCGACGGAGGACCAGGUGGGCGCCGCCAGCAGCUACGCCCCGCUGCAGGAAAAGAAGCAGGAGAAGCGCUAUGUUGGUGGAUACGGUGGCUAUGGGGCAGGAUACGGAGCAGGAGCCGGAUACGGCGGCGGAUACGGAGGCUAUGGCUCGGCCCUCGGAGCAGGCUACGGAGGAGCCUAUGGCAGUGGAGUGGGCGUUGAUAGCUACUACAACCCCUAUGGCUCGCGAUCAUUGGCUGGAUUGGACGGCUCUCUGGCCGGAUAUGGAGGAUACGGCUCCGCCUUGGGUGGCUACGGAUCGGCUCUGGGCGGCUAUGGAUCAGUCCUGAGCGGCUAUGGCUCCGGCCUGGGCGGAUAUGGAUCCUACAACUCGAACCCCUACGCGCUGUCGUACUACAACUCGCGCUUGGGCGGAGCCGGAACCGGCUAUCCUUACUACAACACCCGCUUCGGAGCCGGAGGCUAUCCUUCCAGCUACUACACAAGCAAUUACGGCAACAGCGUGGUGGGCGGCGGUCUGGGAGCCCUGGGUGGAGUGCCUCCCAUCGGCUCCGGCUACAACUACGGAGCCGGCAUCUCAGGCACCGUCUACUAAACGGAAGACGGACACGGAGACGAUGAAACCAAGCCAAUCCCCAAACGUUCAAUGCCUAAGCUAGUGCAAUUUACUUUUAUUUUA